AUGCUCCAAAAACCCUCCAAAAACUCUCGGCUCGCCGAGCACACAAUGUCUCAUCUGAAAACCUGGAAUAUUCUGGUCAAAACGUUUCAUAUUCCAGAAGAAAAUCUGAAAUUUUUUGAAAAUUCUGAUUCUGAUUUUUUCCCAUUUCUCCCUUACUCAAUGAACAAGAAACGCAGAUGGGAAGUGGAUUUUUUGGAGGAUUUGGCGGGAAUUCAAAAAUCUGAAAAUUUCGAAAUUUUGUUUUUGGAGAGAACCCGAAAAGGAGCUUACGAUUGGCCAAAUUCCAAUUCUCCAUGA